AUGGUGGCAAUGAAGAAGAUCAUUAUGCAUAAUGAGAAAGACGGAUUCCCGAUAACAGCUCUCCGAGAGAUCAAGCUGUUAAAGUUGCUGUCGCAUAAGAACGUCCUUAAGUUGGAGGACAUGGCCGUCGAGCACUCUCAUAAACCCACCGAUAAACGGAAACGGCCUAUUAUGUAUAUGGUCAUGCCGUACAUGGAUCACGAUUUAUCGGGCCUUCUCGACAACCCCUCCGUCCGCUUCACCGAGCCACAAAUCAAAUGCUACCUCCUCCAGCUCCUCGAGGGCCUGCGCUACCUUCACGAGAACCAUAUCUUGCACCGCGAUAUGAAGGCAGCCAAUCUUCUCAUCAACAACCGCGGCGUCCUCCAGAUUGCCGAUUUCGGCCUGGCACGCCAUUACGAAGGCGAGGUACCGAUGCCGGGACGGGGCGGCGGUGAUGGCCAGCGCGAGUACACCAGCCUUGUCGUCACGCGAUGGUACCGGCCACCCGAACUCCUCAUGCAGCUCAAGCGGUAUACAACCGCAAUUGACGUGUGGGGUGUUGGGUGCGUGUUCGGCGAGAUGCUGUACGGGAAGCCGAUUCUGGCCGGUGUCACCGAUCCCCACCAACUGGAACUCAUCUGGGAUCUGUGUGGUUCGCCCACGGAAGACAAUAUGCCCAACUGGCGUAAGCUGCCAGGCGCGGAGGGUCUCACGCCACGUGUCCGUCCGGGCAAUCUAUCCACGCGGUUUGGCAAGUUCGGUCCUGCCGCUGUAUCGCUUCUUUCGCAGCUGAUGAAGCUGGAUUGGCGUGCUCGUAUCAACGCUAUGGAUGCCCUGCAGCAUCCCUAUUUCCGCACAGCUCCACUUCCAGCACAGCCGGGCGAUAUCCCUGUAUUCGAGGAGUCGCAUGAGCUUGACCGCCGGAAGUUUGACGAUAGGAAAGCAGUUCUACCGCCAGCGCCAAAGGGUGGCACGGUUGGUCGUGGCCAUGCAGAUGCCGGGUUUGGUCCGAACGGCGCCAGUUUUGAGGGCGACGGCUUCGGACGACAUGGUGGUGGACCCGGCCGGCAAGGUGGCGGUGGCGGUGGCAGUGGCCAUCCACAAGAUCGCGGUCCGCGCGGUGGUGCUGACGACGGCCGUAGGCCGGCAUGGGCGCGUGACCGGCAGCCGCAUGGUCUUCCGCCCCGUCCGCCUCCGCCUGCCAACGAUUCGUCGGUGAAUGGCCGUGAUAGUGCACACCACGGCGAUGGUUAUCGCGAUCGCGAUCGCGAUAGAGACCGAGACCGAGACCGAGACCGCGAUCGUGGUGAUAGGGAUAGAGACCGUGACCGGGACCGAGACCGGGACCGUGGCCGAGAUAGGGACCAUGGUAGGGAUAGGGCAGACCACCUUGGCCCGCCGAGAGGCCGCGGCGGUGGGGGCCCCCGUGGUGCGGAUGGCGACACGUACAUUCCGACCUAUGUGGGCGGAGGCGGAGGGAGGGAUCCGGGUCACGAAGCCGCAUGGGAUCGUCGGCGGCACGACGAUGAUGCAGCUCGGUACGGUGGCCGGGCUGACCGAUACGACAAUGGCGGCGGUCCACGCCACAGCCGCAGCCGGUCGCCGAUUUGGCGGGAGCACGGCCGUGAACGGGACGGAUACCGUAGAUAA